GAAACAGCAGCAGCGUAAAAAGAAAUUGUUUUCAGUUUCAGUUGCUGUCAGCAUUUGUCGCACAGUAAGCAGUCAACGACAAUUGCAACGGUUUUUGCGCUGGCGUUAAUUGAGUUGAUGUUGAUGACAUGCAUAGGCGAAUCGUUCGCGCCUGCCAUUCGCAUUUACAACUGAGCAACAACAACAGCAGCAGCACCAAAGGCGAAGAAGGCGUGCAAAGGCAACAACAACAAAAAUAGCAACAACGACGCAUACAUUAACAGCUAAAGACGCGAGCAACAGCGCCAAGUGACAGACGGAGCCAGCAAACUAAAGCGAGUGAGGCAGAGAGAGAGAGAGAGAGAGAGGGAGAGCACGCAAAGCAAAGAGUUGCAUGUGUGUGUGUGUGCAAUAUGGAAGACCUUUUUCUGCUAAUUAUCAAGGAGUCAACGGGCACCAAGCACAACGCGCUGCGACAAACGGCGCAAAUUGCUUACGAUAAACUUUAUCGACAGCAUGGCAUACACAGGGAUCCAUCGCACGAGCUGCGCUCCGUGUGCUUUACGGCAUUGCAAAUGGCCUUGGACACGAAGCGGCCAAAGUUCAUCACAAUGGGCCUUAAUGGUCUGCAUCGCGUCAUCAAGGAUGAGCGCUUCUACAUUGGCCUGGAGCCGGAGGAUGACUCUGUGUGGCUGCCCUCGCAGCUGCUGCGUGCCACAAAUGGAAUUUUGCCGUCGACAAGCAGCGAGGACACCGUGGUGAAUGUGUUGCGCCUGUUCCUGGCCAUGGCCUGCUCGCCGGCCUGCACGCUGAACGGGAGACUGCUCAUCGAGAUACUAUCGCGCUGCGGCGAGUGCUGGGAGCUCGGCUCAAGGGCUAUUAAGGCUGCUUCGCUGGCUGCCGCCUCGCAGUGCUUGCGCACCUUCUGCGCAUUCCUCAUCGAGGAGGCCGAGGAGGUAAAGAAGACGGCGCCCGCCGGCCUGAUGACGCAAACGCAGGCAUCGGCCGUCUACAACGAGGUCAUACCCGUGAUGCAGUGGCUCUGCAGUCGCCUGGUGGAGCCGAACGUCAACAAUGCGUCGCCGAACAAGAAGUGCGAGAAUCCCAGUUCGCUCUAUCUAACCGAAUGCAUCCUGACGCUCAGCUCGGCGCUGCCACGCAACGUGCACGCCAAUCCGCACUUCACUUCGUUCCUCUGGCAAAAGUUCUGUCCUACGUUGGCCGCGGCGCUCGGCUCGCCGGGUCGCAUUAAUCUGGACAAAAAGUUUACCUACAAAGACGCUCUGCACAUGAUUGAGAAUGAGGCGCGCGGGUUUUUUACUGGACCCGGCUUGGAUGGGCCGCAGGCGCGUUGCGUCUACCUGACUGCGAUUCAGUUGCUGCGCAUUGCCGGCGCCCAUGGGUCGCUGCGUCCAAUGCUGGAGGCGCUGUUCCAUCGCAUGGUCCUGCUGCCGGCGCCGCAGAAUCGCACCGAGCCGUUGCGCUGUGUACGCGAGAUCUUCAAGAGUCCGGAGCGUCUCAUCGAUCUGGCGGUCAUACUCUACGUGGACAAGAACACGGCGCAGGGCUGCAGCGAUGAGAUGGCGCUCUUUCGACUCCUGGUGGAUGCCAUGGAGGAGUGCGCCUAUGGAGCCAGUGCGGGCAGCGCCACAGAGGCGAGCCUGCAGGCGAGCGUGGAGUGCAUGGUCGCCUUGCUGGAUAGCCUGCAGGUCCUGUGCAGUGGCGAGCUGACCGAGUCCAUGAUCAGUGAUCAGAUCGUGCAAGUGGUCAAUUCGCGGCACGAGCUGCUCAAGGAUGCGGACUACUCCGGCCCGUUGACAUAUCAGAGCAUGGCCAGACUGCCGGCGCCGUAUCGGGAUGCGAUUGUGGAGUUUCGGCAAAAUGUGUUCGAAACGUCGUCCGGUUCGGAAAGCGAAUGUGAGCCGCCGCAUGAGCAGGACGCGGCCUCGAAUGGUUCGGGCGACACGGAGGGGCCGGAGGAUGACGAGCCGAGCAGCUCCAGCGAUGAGACAUCACGUGUGGAAAACCGCUGGCCCUAUUCCCACUUGGAGGCGCCCGUCAUGCCCAUCCGGACGGACAGCGACAACGAUCGCCAGCAUGCGCGAGACUUUGCGAAGGCCUUGCGCCAGGAUCUGGUGCCGAAGCUGCUGCGUUUGCGCAGCUGCGUCGAACUGGACGAGGCAAUGCAGGAGUUCGCGUCAGCCGUGUGCCAGGAGAACAGCAUGAACUUCUCCGAUUUCGAUUACAAUCUGACGGCCAUCAAUGCGGAUGGCAUUUACCUGGCCAUCUACUCCUCGCUGCUGCUCAGCCUGCAGCUGAUGCGUGCCGGCUACUACGAUCAGCACUCGGUGAAGGAGAGCAUCUUGGUGCCCAUGUCGGAGCAGCAGUUCGUUACCUCCGUGCAGAAUACGGGCGUGCUGGUCUACCUCUCCUCGCCCUGGCUCUGCGAGCUGUAUCAAUCGGUUAUUGUUUCCAAUAUACUGGAGGCCAUGACACGUCAGCAGCUGGACGGCAGCGGACCGCGUUGUGCCCUGGUCGACAUGCUCUGCGAUGCCGGCGGAUUGGCCAACACGCAAAUGCUAUCCGAGUGGCAGCGCCUGCAGACGGCGACAGUGAAGCACAGCGAUGACGAACAGCACGACAAACGACGCGAGGCGGCAAAGAAACUGUGCCGCCGCCUGCUCACCUGCUGCUGGGACUCGAUGGUCAUUGUGCUCAGCUCCGGGCUGGGAGAUCUGCAGAGCACCGCCUCCAACAAGCUGGUGGCGCUCUCCAAGCGCACGCUGCGCGUCAAGGCCAAGACGAACAAGUCCAAUGGAGAGGCGCUCUAUGCCAUGUGCCUGGAUGGACUGCAUUCGGCUGCCACCUUGAGCAACAGCCUCAAUUUGCAGCACUUGGCUGGAAAGAUACUCAAUCUGUUGGCCUCCAAUGUGUGCCAGACGAGCGGGCCACGCAUCUCGGCCAGCCAGGCCAUGUCCAUGGACGUGGUACUCACGGGCGGCCUGAAUUUGGGCAGCUACAGCGCCGACUGCUGGCAGAGCAUCUUCGCCGUCUGUCGCCAUGUCAGCCAGUUGGAGCACGAGAUCUUCAGUAUGCAGAAUCCCUCAAUAGCUGCGUCGCCGGGCAGCAGUCGUCGCGAUCUGGAGACGGGCGAGAAGCUGAGCAAUGGCAAUGGCCAGGAUAAGCUCAAUCUCUCCUCGAUUCCCAUCGACGAUGACGAAACGUGCGUGGAUGUCUACAGCUUCCUGCAGGCGCCGCUGCAGAGUCCCAACACGAACAUCACGUCUAUCCUGAAGGUGUACUCGGGCACCAAUGAGACGGUGCUGCUGAGCCAGAGCGAUACCUCGAAGGUGCUCUGCGCGCUGUCCCAUCAGGCCGAGAAUCUGUUCAGCGAUGCGGCCGAGCGGCUCAGUCUGCCAUCGCUGUGCCAAUUCCUGAAGCAUCUGUGCCGCGCCUCGCGCGAUCAGCUCUACAAGAGCCAGGUGGCGCGCAAGGGCGGCGGCACGCGCAUCUGGUGGCCGAGCAAGGGCUGGAAGAAGAUCGACUCGCUGCCCAUGUCGCUGCUACUGCAUCGCAUCGGCGACGUAACGCUCAAAGUGUUCCGCAGCUCGCGGCCGCUGCUGCACGUGCUCAAGGUGUGGGCCAUCACGGGACCUCAUCUAAUGGACGCCGCCUGUCAUCGGGAUCGCAUGAUAUCGAAGCGAGCCAUUGAGUAUAUCCACGAUAUCAUAACGGCGCUGCUGGUGGAGCAAUCGGAGCUGCCCUAUUUCCACUUCAAUGAGGCGCUGCUGAAGCCCUUCGAGAAUCUGCUCAGCAUGGACACGUGCGAUGUGGAUGUCCAGGAUCAGAUUGUUGCCUGCCUGUAUGAGAUCGUGGAGGCGCAUCGCACGGAAAUCCGCUCCGGCUGGCGGCCACUGUUCGGCACGCUGCGGAAUGCCCGCAGCCGUAUGCUGAACAUGAGCAAUAUCAUCGACAUCUUUCGCGUCUUCCUCGACUCGGACAAUACGCUGGUGUUCGCCAACGCGGGACUGGACUGCAUAUUGUGUUUGUUGUCCUAUUUGGAAAUCUCUGGCAAUAGCGGCGCCGGCAACUCCGGGUCGAAUAACAAUGCCUGUGGCGAGGACAACGACAAUACGUUCCGGCCGACAGAUUUUCUGCACGAAACGCUGCGUUUCCUGGAGCGAUGCUCCAGCAUAUUGGGCUUCAUGUACAGCAUGCCCAAGUGCCCGAACUUUCACUCGACGUACAAGAUCAAGGGCAUCUCGUACACGCAUAUCAUAGACGCCAACAUACCGAGCUCCAUGGAGAACUUCACCUACUUUGGCAACGACUAUCUGCAGACGAAGAACGAACAGUAUAUGAUAUCCUAUAGAUCGCUGCACAUCGACAAGGAUACAAUUGUGAAGAUCGACGAAAUGGACAAGCCGUCGGGGGUGCUGAAGGUGUGGUUCCUGCUGCUGGAUGGGCUCACCAAUUCGCUGAUUGUCUGUCCCUAUUCGCACCAGGCGCCCAUCUUGCAGACCAUCUUUAAGCUCUUCAAGAAUCUGAUGUCCACGCCGGGCAUCGACUUCGGUUUCUACUGCAUCAAUCAUCUGCUCAUACCCAUGAUACAGGAUUGGCUGCGCUACAUCAACAAGACGGCGACCAGCUGGCAGCAGAUUGAGAAGAACUUCAAGCACUGCUGCUGCAUGACCACUGAUCUGGUGGUGGAGUUCAUUGAGAAAUCGGUGCCGGAGCAGCGACGUCUGGGCGCUGGCACUAAGACCCGUCUCGCCCAGAUCGUGCAUCCCGCCGACAAUCUGAUCUACUCGAAGCUGAAGUUCGUUACGGAACAGCUGCCGGCGGCAGCGGACGGACAGCACCAGACGGGCGGCGCACAGUACGACAGCUGCUCCAGCUCGGCGAGCGAUGAGCACAAUAACAGCAACAAUAGCAACUCGACGAAUCCUCCAAAUCCAAAUCCCAAUCUCAAUGUCAAUCACAAUCUGAUCGAGUCGCCCACUAAGAUAUCGGGCUCGGCGACGUUGGCACUGAAGCAGCUGCUGCUCGUGCUGAUCGAGUGUGCGGCUCAGUCGCAGGAGGCGAUCGCCAGGAUCUCGGUGUCGUGCCUGAAGCACGUCAUCCUCUCCACGGGCAUGCUGUUCAACGAAUCGCAGUGGAUGAUUGCCUGCUCGGCCAUCCAUCGCGCCUGUACGGUGACAAUCGCGCCGCUGCGCCAGCUCUCCUUUGCGUUCCACGAGAAGUCGAACAGCUUCUACGGGGAUUGCGCCAACGUCAAGGUAGCGGCGCGCCGUGACAGCACACUGGAGGAGCUGGCACGCAUCUAUGCCCUGGCCCAGCAGGUCUUCCUCUCCGACAAUCAGCGUGAGCCCAACCAGAGCCAGGGCCCUGGCCAGGCGACAAGCCCAACUUCCGCGACAGCCAACCAAAUCAAGAGCUCCGGCUCGGGAUCGGCGCAGCUGUCGGAUGAUCGCAGCUAUUCGUUUCUGCUGUAUCCACUCAACAAUGGCUUCAAUUCCAAUCUGGAUAACUUUGUCAUUCGCAUUCCCUUCAAGAAUCUGGUUGUGGGUCUGCUGGCCAAUCAGAUGCUGCUGCAGCUGGUGGCCAAGCUGUUGCUCUCGCGUCUCAAGUGCGUGCCGCAGGCGGUGUCCACGUGCAUCUUCGACAACUAUGCCGCCUCCGCGUCGACGCCCAGUCAUGACUACGACCUGGACUUCCGCUCCAAGGAGAUUCUGUUGCGCUGCGUCAAGCAGUACUUGAUGUCCGCCCUGGAGUUCGAUUCGCGUCCUGGACUCAAGUUUCUGAUGCAGAAGGUCUCGAAUAUCGAGUACGCGGCCAAUUUGUACAAGCAGAUGACCUCCUCCUGGAUGAUCUACUACAUAGCGCUGGUCGACUCGCACCUGAACGACAUUGUGGUGUACAAUUUGGGCGCCGAGGAUCUGAACUUCAUUUUGGAAUCGUGCUCCAGGCUGAACACCACCACGGUCAAGAAGAAGGAGAACUUCGUGCGCUAUCUGUUCUGCCUGCAGGAUGCCUGGAAUCUGGUCUGCGAGCUAUAUUUGAGCAACUCGGCGCUGCACGACAUCGAGAACGGCAAGCUGCGCAGCCAGCAGCAGAAGCUGCCCAUGCAUCUGGGAGCGGCCAAGUCCAUGUGCAUUGCCCUCAAUGGCAACGGCGAUGCGGCCAGCAGCAGCGCCAACAAUCACACGGAUCUGACCAACGAUAUCAGCUACAAUGGACGCCCCAGUUCCACAUCGCCCAGCAAGUGCGUGCAGCUGGAGGAGGAGAAUGUGACGAUGACCACGUUGAUAAGCGAAUUUCAGCCAAAGUGCCGCAGCAAUCCGUUCGACACGAAUCGCCAGGCGACCAAGACGGAGGCCGAGUCCAUCUCGCCAGAAAUCGAACAGCAGCGCGCGACGAGCAUCCUGAAGGACUCGAACUAUAAGCGUGCUGCGCUGGCUCAGCUCGUGGUCGCCUCCAUGGAACUGUUGCGCUCGCUACCAAACGAGGCCGAGGAGAAUCUCAAAUUGCUAAUGACGCCCACCAUCAGAGAGGCGUUCCGACUCGUCCAGCUGCAGGGCAACGAGCUGAAGGUCAACCAAUUUUAGGCAAUGCUUGUUGAGUUUUAUUUUGAUCUGUAGACGCAGCUAAACAUGCCUCUACACACUCCCGGGUUCACUCACCUACUCUCGCUCUCUGUCCCUCUCUCUCACACUGUCACCCCUUCCCCCUCUCUCUAUCCCCCCCUCAAUGUCACUUGCAUAGAUAGUCUCGAUGCCAUCAAUGGCAACACUCAGGCAUUCACCAACCCAUAUCCUUGAUUAUACAAAUAUUUGGUUCAACUUAACCUACGUUUAAAGCAGAGUUUAAGUCAACUUCUAUCCACACUAACGUAAAUUUUAACUCAAACUUAAUUCAAGUUCAACAUAACCUAACUUGCGGAUAAACUUAACCCAAGCUCAAUCCAGCCUAUGAUUCAACCCAGUCCCAUUUGGAAUCAACAAUUCUAAACUUCAGUUUAGGUAAUCCUGGUUCAGUCCAAAUCAUCAAAGUUUAUGUCAACUUCAAUUCAAUUCAAUCUAACCUAAGUUUAAAGGAGCUCAAGAUCGACUUAACCUCAACGAUCUUGUCAAUCAGCUGUGUGGCUUUGCAUAACGGUUAAUUAAGGCUACGUUUUACAACGCACGCGCUCAAACUCUAUCUGUAUAUGUCUCUCUGUUUCUCUCUCUCUCGCUCUCGCUCUCUCUCUCUGUCACUAUGAAACACGCAUUCCCCAAUGCCAAUCAACCAUGUCUCUCUUUCUGCCAUUCUCGCUUCCUCCAUAGCAGGCAAAACCAUUUCAAAGUAAAAGCUCAACAUGAAAAGGCACAAAAAGUAAACAAACAAAAAAACUGAACGAAAGUACAAUUCGAAUGCUGCAAUAAGAAGAAGAAGAAACAGAAUACGUAUUAAUUAACGAAGAACUGCAGAUAAUUCCAAGUGUAAAAUGUAGUAAAACCAAAGAAGAAGAAGAUGCAGCAACGUUAGCAACGUAGUCUUGUACAUUGUAACUAUUUAGCAAAACCAAAAAAAAAAAAAAGAAAACCUUUUUGAACCACAAUUUCAACAGCCCCACAGCACGUUUACCCAUUAAUUCCAUUAUAGUCAUAGUCUUUCUCCCCCAAACUCUGUCUCUACCACACAUUCUCUCUGCUUCUCUUUUAUGUGCACCACUGUAAAGCUCUCUCUCCCUCUCUUUAUUUCUAAGUUUAUUUUAGUCGCUCUUUUUAGAGUCUAGGAGUCCAUUACGUAAUGAGAAAUCAAAAAAAAAAAAAAAAAAAAAAAAAAAAAAAAAAAAAAAAAAAAAGGAAAUUCUUUUAUAAUAGUGGAACAUGUGUACUAUAUAUCAUCGAUCGCUAUUAUGUGUUGUGCCUAAGUAGCUAACCU